AUGUCCGCCUUAGUUCUCGGGUUCACCCGAGUUGCUGUUAAUGGGCUGGCGAAAAACAAAUUAACCGUACCAGUGAAGCUGGUCAACGUGGCACAAGUUAGCAGAUACUCCAGAGUGCUUAGCUCUUGCUACUACAGCGAUAACUACGGAAUCCGUGCAGGAUUAUGGCACCAUUGCCGGAGAGAUCGAUAUCUGUCUAUUCAGCAUCGUAGACCAGCAACUUGUUACCAAUUCAACGACACGACUUUACGUAGCAUUUCGCAUUGUGGAGUGUUGCAGCAGCAACGCAAUGCGCCGAACGAACAAGAAUCAGCAUCUGCCUCGCCCGACGUGACGGAAAAGCUUGGUUUAUUUGCACGAUUCAAAAAAAUGUACAAAGAAUACUGGUACGUGCUCCUUCCUGUGCACUGCAUAACUUCGGUGAUGUGGUUCGGAGGGUUCUACUAUGCAUCCACCAGUGGGGUCGAUGUGAUUGGGAUCCUCGAAUGGCUGGGGGUUUCCGAAACUCUCAUCAACCCGGUUCGAGAUUCGAGUCUUGGCCAUAUUGCUAUUGCUUAUCUGCUUUACAAAAUUGCUACUCCGGCUCGAUACACCGUAACGCUAGGUGGAACAACGGUAUCAAUCAAAUAUUUGGAGCAGUGGGGAUACAUUAAGCCGGUUCCUUCCAAGGCGCAGCUGGUGCAAAUGUACAAAGAUAAGAAGGAAAACAUCCAAGAAAAGAUUGCCGAAACAAAGCAGGAUUUUCAGGAUCGUAAGCAGCAACUGACGGAGAAGAAAAACAAUUUGAUGAGCGAUUUGAAAACGAAGAAGGAUGCUAAAUCAACCAGCAACGUGACAGAGGACAAAUAGCGUAGCGCGAGCAAAACUUAGGUAGGUGUUGGUCUUUUAUGUGCAAGAGAAGUCUGAAGGGGCGAUAGUUCUGUCUUCUGUCUUCUCGCUUCAUUGGAAUACAGGUGCUCACGUAAUUUGUUAAAGUUUCCAUCACA